AUGCGUCGCGUGGUUGUUCCAAAGAAAUCCCAUGCUCAUCGGGUUGCAUUUCUCACACGACACGCCUUGUCAGGCUUAGCACUCUAUCGGGCACUUCUUCGACAAUGUAACAGCCUACAGCAAUCGAGGCCGGACCUCGUCUCUCCGGAGUCCCAUGUUCGAGAGCGAUUUCGCAGAUACAAAAACCUUCAGAGUCCAUCGCAAACUGCAAACGCUCUCCGAGCUGGGUACGAAGCUCUGGACCUAGUAUACUCGGCCGCGCAAGGGGAUAAAGAAGAUAUUGGUCGAUUAACGAAACUACUCUCCGAGGUUCAAUUGGCUAAGGAGCGAAAACGGCAGCAUCAAAACGCGCUAGCCGCAAUUCGUCCCGUCAAGGAGCUGAACAAAAAGCAAGUUAAGGCAGAAGAGAACCGACGGUUCCAGACGGCGACAGCUCAACGACAUCCGGAGGCAAGACCUAUACUAGAGCGCCCUCGGGCUGUGGUGAGCGGCAAGCGUCGUAUCCCCACCCUUGUCAAUGCCUCCGGUAUUCCGUUCCUGCGAAUCAGCAAGCCGCAACCACAAUCGCUCAGCCGCUUGAUACGGGGUAAGAUUGUCCAACGACAGAAAUGGAUAGACCGCCGCGACAGGCUAGAGCUGGAGGUGCUUUUUUGCAAAGAUGAAGAUCAAUGGGACGAUUUGACGACUGGAUGUGAGGAUGGAGAGCAGUGGUCUAGCGCGCUCAGAACCGCAAUUCACGAUAUCCGUGUUCAAAUACGUGAAGAUAACGAAAAGAGGGCAGCGCUUGCAAAAUCUAUGUGGAACAUCGUUCUUGCAGAGCGAGAGUUGGCUGAAAAGGAGAAGCAGGCCGAAGAGAAGCUGGCCGAAGAGAAGCUGGCCGAAGAGAAGCUGGCCGAACAGAAGCAGACCGAACAGAAGCUGGCCGAACAGAAGCUGGCCGAACAGAAGCUGGCCGAACAGAAGCCAAAGAGAGGGAGGCCGAAGAGAAGGCAGUCUGAAGAGAAACAGGACGAAGAGAAGCCGAAGAGAGGCAGGCCGAAGAAAAGGCAGGCAAAGAACGGAUGA